UUUACUUUUUACAUCAUGCAUACACUAGUUCACAGAAAACAGACCUCAGGAAUAUACAUUUGGUGCAGUGCGGUGUAGUGUGCACUACAAAAAAAUGACGAUAGCUUUGUCGAUCUGUCACUGUUCGUAAUGAGGAGAAUGGAGAAGGUACACUGAUAAGGGAUAUACGAAGAAAUAUGUGAGAUAAAUCGUUCGGGGAAAUAAGUUUUUCGUCCUUGUUAUUUUUUUUAUUUUUUUAUAUCUCCCAGCUAUCUACCGCCAGUCGCUGUCAAAAAGGCAUGAAACUGUCGAAGGAAAUCACGGCCAUUCCAUAACAAUCUAAUCAUCGUAUUGUGUUCUACAGGACGGUAUUGUCGAGACAAAACUAUGACGAACGAAAUAUCGGUGAACGUUUUGACACUGAAUUGUUGGGGCAUACCAUAUGUGUCGAGAAACAGGAACGAACGUAUAUCCGCUAUCGCAGAAAGAUGUAUCAGUAGGGAAUACGAUAUAAUCUGUUUGCAAGAAAUUUGGUCUGUCAAUGAUUUUAAUCAGAUAAAAACAAGAACACAGGAAGUACUUCCCCAUUCGCAUUAUUUUCACAGUGGAGUCUUGGGAUCAGGAAUAUGUAUCUUGUCAAGAUAUCCCAUUCAUGAUGUUAUGUUUCACAAAUGGCCUUUAAAUGGUUAUGUUCAUAAGAUACACCAUGGAGACUGGUUCGGUGGUAAAGGAGUUGGGCUGUGUAAAAUAAAAAUUUUUAACAUGUAUAUCAAUGUUUAUAUCACACACUUACACGCGGAAUAUAAUCGCGAGAAUGACGAGUAUAUGGCUCAUAGAGUGCUACAAGCAUUUGAUACUGCUCAAUUCGUAAAGAUGACGAGUGGCGGCGUGGACGCUAUCAUAUUAGCUGGCGAUCUUAAUACAGAACCGCAGGACUUAGCUUAUAGAAUUAUACGCGGUGUUUCUGGUUUAGCAGAUACAUGCCCUGAUAGUCAGAGCCACAUAGGGACCAACGAAUGUGCCAAUAAUAGUUACACCGGCUCAAAACUUGCUCGAACACAGCCAAAUGGAAAGCGUAUAGAUUAUAUUAUGUAUUUAGGUUCGAAGACUGUGAAGGUUGAAGUUGCAAAUUGUGGACAUCCCUUGCCAAAUCGUGUGCCAUAUAAGGAUUUUAGUUAUUCCGACCAUGAAGCUGUGAUGGCUACACUUAAAUUCGUUAAUGAUAAACAUGAUAUAAAAGAUCUAGAUAUUAUCGAUUCUCUGAAAGAAGCAAUAGAAAUUUGCGAAGACGCAUUGAAAAGUGUACAACGCCAACGUUUUUGGUAUACAUUGUCAACCUGCAUGCUAAUCAUUCCGUUAAUUUGGAUCAUCUGGCUAAAUUGCAUGAACAUAUCUUUAGCUGCAGAUAUCGGUUUGAAUAUAGUAUGUAUUCUUCUGACUGCAUUGUUAUGUUACACUGUAUUUAUGAGUUCACUAUGGAAUUGCGCAGAGAAGAAUGCAUUAAGAGCAGGACGUUUAGCUAUAGAAAUUUACAUGACACAUUUGGAUAAUAAUCAAAACUGAAUGUCAAAUUUCUACACUAAUAUAGAUCUAGUAAACUACCAAUUAACAGUAACAUACAAUAACAUUAAUGUUAUAAACAAUAAGAAUCUUAUUUUUAGACCGUACAAUGUG